AUGUUGAGAUCUGGCCUUCAACAAGGAGUUGUCGUGUCCAAGAGACUUCAGGUAUGUGAAAAUUGUUUUUUAUUGUUUGCUUCGAAUUUUAGACACAAUUUGAGGCACUGUAAUGCCGGAUUUAGGGGUUUGUAAGGAGGUUUUAUAUUGUACUGAACUGCAAGACUGAAAGGCAUUUUGCGUUGAAAAAGUAGAGCAAGUCUUCCUUGGCAAUUUUCAAACGUCUAUGGUUUGAGUACGGGCUUUGUAACACACCGGACGGCGAUUUAUAAUUAAUAUCUAGUAUAAGGUCAAACUCCAUGUGUACUUCCUUCUUUUUCAGAGUGGUUUUGCCAAACAAGCCCGUGAUGUCCUUUCCGCCUCUGAACCUACUUUGAGCGAGUUGAAGAACGGAGUUCGCGUUGUUUCUUCUACCAACAACAAGCCCGUCUCUACUGUAAGACAAUUUUCCAAAUUUUAUAACAUUUUUCUUUUCAUAAGAUGGUAAAUAAUUCCGUGAAUGUUUAGAUUGGUGUUUGGGUUGAUUCUGGCUCCCGUUACGAGACUGAGGACAACAAUGGAGUUGCUAAAGUUUUGGAGCAGUUGAUCUACAAGGUAAGCACAAUUUUUCUUGUUUUUUGAUGUUUAGAUCUCUCCUGCUCAUCUAUAAAUCGGAAUAUGUAUUCUUGUUGGUAGUAAGAGUGAUUUCAAUCUAUUUAGGGAUCCGCCAAGCGCUCCACCACUCAACUCCAAGCUGAUUUGGCCAAAUACGGUGCUCGUUUGAAUUCCUUUACCAGCCGCGAUCAUGCUGCUUAUUUCGUCCAGGUUGAGAACCAAAAUGUCGAACCUGUCACUGAGAUUUUGGCCGAUGUCCUGAGAAGCCCCAAAUUCGAUGCUGCUGAUGUUGAGGCCGCCAAACUAGUUGUUAUCAAACAGUUGGAAGAAGUUGAGAGUAAUCAUGAAGAAGUUGCCUUUGAUUAUCUUCAUAUGACUGCUUUCCAAGGAACGUCCCUUGGACUGUCGCCUUAUGGACGUGCCGAGGCCAUUCAGUAAGGUUUUUACUGAAAUGUUUUAUUACUUUAGGUGGAGGUGCGACGGAGGCUGAAAAUUUUUGAGAAUUUUGCCUUUGAGGGAGAAUUUAAAGUUUUUGAGGGUUGGAAAUGAAGUCAGCUAUGUUUUAGAGGGCUCAAGAUUUCAAGGUUACUGUAAAAAUGUUCAAAAUUAUCCUUCUUUUACUUCAGAAACCUCACUCGCCAAGACGUGAUCGAUUUUGCCGAUGAUCACUACAAAGCCGACCGCGUUGUUGUCGCCGCUGUUGGAGGAGUCCCCCAUGGCCAGUUGGAAGCUUUUGCUAAAGCCAACUUUGGUGAUUUGGACAACCAGUACAAGCGAGCCGUCCCCGCCCCUCUCGGCACCCGAUUCACCGGAUCUGAGUUCCAAUACAGAGACGAUUCGUACCCAGGAUUGUAUGUGGCCUUGGCUGUUGAAGGAGUCCCCAACGGACAUCCGGACGCCUUGCCUUUGCAGGUAACGGAGUUUUGACGAUUUUUUUGGAGGUCCGAUAUUGUAGUAGGCAAAAAAUUUUUAUAUUAGUGAAUUUUUUGGCUGAAGUGGUAUUUAUUAAGGCCGUUUUGAAUUUCUGGAACGUCUUUGAGAUAAUGCUGCUCGAAAUCUUACAAGGAAAGUACUUUUAUGGGGGCUCCUACUUUUUGACGGGACAUAUCUCAAAAAAUCAGAAAAAUUGUGCUGAUCAAGGAUAUAUAGAUCUUAGCUGCCCAUUUUAGGUUUUUAGGGGUGAAAACUCAAUCGGAAGUUGGCUUAAAGUCCUAUAUGAACCCCUUUUUCGCUUAAUUUUUCACAGGUUUACAAUUUUUAUUUUGGCUUGAAAUGAUGCUUAUUGAGUUUCUAAGAUGUAAUAAAUCAGUCUUGGCCCAAAAAUUUAUUUUUCCGACCUUCAACUUCAAAAAAAGUUAAUUCAACCCAAAAGGGAAAUCGAACCCGUGCGGCGUUCCCCCUCUUGAUUCCCAGACUACGGCACUAGCCACUCGGCCACACCGCUCUCUUCCAAAGGAAGAGGACGACUGCGCUUUUUAUCGUUUCGAAUGCCUGCGCCUUUUGUGAAAAUUAAGCCAGUUUUUGGGCAUUUUCACCCAUAAAAACCCAAAAUGGGCAGCUAAGAUUUAUAUAUCCUUGAUCAGCGCAUUUUUUCUGAUUUUUUGAGAUAUGUCCCGUUAAAAAGUAGGAGCCCCCAUAAAAGUACUUUCCUUGUUAGAUUUUUUGUAAAAAAUGUUUUAAUUUUUACCUAAAGUUAUAUGAUUUUUUGUAUUUUCCAGCUCUCGGUCCAACUCACCGGCCAAUGGGACAUCACUCACGGCACCGGCUUGAAUGCUCCAGUCCGUGCCGUCCAACAAAUCAGCCAACUGCAUGGCCUCAAAGUUUUCGAGCCCUUCUCGGUGAACUACGCCGACACCGGACUGUUCGGUCUGAGAUAUGUGAGCAGCGGAGAAGACCAGGAGGACUCGCAUUAUAUUGUGUCGCAAGCGCAGCGCGCCUGGAAACAUCAUGCCACCGGAUUGACUGAUGAGGAAGUCGACCGCGCCAAGAAUCAGCUGAGAUCCGUUUUAUUGAGCCGUCUUGGAGACAACACGUCUCAUGCUCAUCAUUUAGCGACUAGAGUAGGUUUAGGAAUAUGAAAAAAUGAGUGAUUUCUUAAGGUUUCUUGGAAAAGUUUUUGAGGAGUAUCCCCAAGUGUGACCCUUUGAUUUUGAUGAAACUAGGCACAAAAUUUAGAAUGGAGUUUUCUGAGAGAUAUGUGAAAGUUUUAGCUUGCGAUUUGUUAAAAUCGCCGGGAUUUUUAGCUCAAAGUGAAGAAAAAAUCGGAUUUCUUUGAUCAUGUUUCUUUUGAAAAUUUCUGCUUCUAUUAGCAGUGAAGUGUAUAAUGUUUUCACAAAAAAAAAAAAAAUGAUUUUUUUGCAAGCAGAAUUCAAUAGUUAUUUUUCUUGACAGAGAAAAUAAUUUUGACAGUAGCUUUUUGAAUUCUGCUUGUAAAAAAAUCAUUUUUUUGUGGAAACAUUAUACACCUCACUACUAAUAGAAGCAGAAAUUUUCAAAGGAAACAUGGUCAAAGAAAUCCGAUUUUUUGUUCACCUUUGAGCCAGAAAUCUCGGCGAAUUUUGCAAAUCGCAAGCUAAAACUUUCACAUAUCUCUCAGAAAACUCUAUUCUAAAUUUUGUGUCUAGUUUCAUCAAAAGCAAAGGGUCGCACCUGGGGAUUCCUCUUCAAAAAAUUUUCCGAGAAAGGUUAUUCUCAAUAUUUUUUUUUUCGUUUUGAAGCUAUCAGGAAAAUGCGAAAAUUUGAAAUCCGUAUUUUACGUAUUUUAGAUCCUCCACACCGGCGACUUUGAGAGCCUCGCCGAAUUGGAAGAGAAGAUCCGCCGCCUGACCGCGGGCGCCGUUCGCGAAGCCGUCAGUCGCCACGUCUACGACCGCGACCUGGCCGUCGGCGGAGUUGGCCGAACCGAAGCCAUCCCCAACUACGUCCAAAUCCGCGCCACCCAGUCCUGGUGGAGACUAUAG